AUGCAGAGUGACGUGUCGCUGACUCAAGCUCUCUUCUGGGGGCUGGUUGCCUGUAUCAGCCUUACAGGGAGGGUUUCUGCAUUUCCUGGGAGACUCUUGAAUCCGAGAGCCGAUGGGCCAGUGGACUCGAUUGUCCGCAGCUGGAGCUAUGGCAUCCCCAGCCAGGUCCAGAAUGGAACCGCUCAUGCCCGAUUUACCAUCCCCACUGCUGGAUCAAAGCUCGAGACGACAGCGCUGCUGACUCUCGACUCUCCUCAAGUACGCUCGAUCAAUUCAUCCGUGUUUGACUGGUGGUACUUCGAUGCCGUCUCUGAGACCGAUCCUCGCGAGUCAUUGGCUCUCAUAUUCUUCACGUCGACUGCGGCCGCGUUCCCAUGGCUUCCACCAAAUGAGACUUCGGUACUGGUUGCGUAUAUUUGGGCAUCGUUCGCUAAUGGGACCGUCUUCGCGGAUUAUCUCCACGCGACCAUUGCUAGAGUUGCUGGUGGGGAGGGUGCAAACCCCCCGAGUUCAGGAAAUUGGUCAUCUACUGGGUGCAGCUGGACCGCUCCCAAGGAUGAUCUAUCCCAGUACGAGGUUAUUGUUUCAUCCAAGGAAAUGCAGGUCGAAGGGCGACUUAGCUUGAGCUCGGAACUUGGGCCUCACUUGCCCUGCAGUAUUCAACCGGGAACAACAACCCUGGAAAUCGCGCCUCAUAUGGGAUGGGUCGCCCUCAAGCCUGAUGCAGUGGGCCAGGUGGAUAUCACAGUUCGAGGUUCCAGCUUGAGUUUCCAGGGACCUGCUUAUCAUGAUAAGAAUUGGUCUGAUCGACCCUUCGAAGAAUCGGUCCAGAGCUGGUACUGGGGCCACGGACAUAUCGGCCCUUACUCGGUCGUGUGGUUUAGCUAUCUGGCGGUGGAUGAUCCGUCCCACAUGGCCUAUGUGAGUGGCUACGUCGCGCGCAAUGGCGCAGUGCUUGUUUCGUCCUGCAAUUCCACUCUCCUCUCGGUUCGGCCUACGGGGGCCUUCGGAACUAGUGCACGAUACCCACCGCGUGCAGGCGAUGUGCCAGAUGGAUUUCAUCUCGAGUUUGACUUGGGGGAUACGGGUUGGUUGAGAGCCAACGUUUCAGGGACAGUCGUGGCGGGGGAUGGGAAGUAUUACGUCCGAUGGGCAGGCAAGAUGGCAGGGGAGGUGGUCCAAUCUGGAGGCAAACCGGGAUACGAUGCCGCGACGCAGUCUCAGCUGCAUGGGAGUGCGGUCUUCGAACAGUUUGUUGUCGCGGCAUAG